UUCUCUCAGUUAUGAAAUGAUCACGUUCGCUUCAAGCAGUGGUGCUCAGUCGAUCGGAAAUUUUGUGGUUGAAACUUGAGUAUUACUCAAUAAAAUUUUGUUCGAAAGGAAAAACUAUGCCUGCUAGCGUAAACAGCAAAUCUAGUGCAAAACUCUCUCCUAAGCGCAGGUGCUUGGCUGUACUACUGGAAAAUCUCCGGCUCAUCCUUCUAAUUGCAGGAAUAUGCAUUGGAGUCGCUUUGGCGUUUGGGCUGCGUGCCGCGGGCAUCCAUCAGAGCGCACGGAAAGUCGCGUAUGUGGCGUUCCUGGGCGAGCUCUUCCUCAGCAUGCUGAAAUGCAUCAUUAUCCCCUUGAUGGCCUCCGCCAUAAUCAGCGGCCUGUCCAAUAUGGAGAGCGCGGCUAGCGGUCAGAUUGGUUUUCGUUCGGUGGUCUUUUACUUGACAACGGUUUUUAUCGCGGUCUGCGUCGGGAUCGGCAUGGUCUCGGCCAUACGACCCGGGUACUACGGGACCCCGGAUUUGGCGGGUGAAAAGCCGUCUGGCGGCACGGGACGAGUGGCUAUGACGGCCGAUACUAUAAUGGAUUUGAUCAGGAAUAUGUUCCCGCCAAAUAUCGUGCAGGCUUGCGUAGCGCAAUACCAAACACAGCUAAUGCCACCACCCAACAAAGUAGUAGCCGUUGUCACCAAUUCCACCGGCAACACGACACUGAGCACAACCACAACGACAACGCCGAUGACUACCACUUUUAUCAUCAUGGCCAACAAUAGCAACACCACUCACCUCCUCACACCCCAAGGCCACUUUGUUAUUCACGACUACAGCGACUGGAUUAUGACCAGGAAGGUUGUGGAUGGAACCAAUAUUCUUGGCAUAGUUGUGUUCAGUCUCGUUUGUGGAGUGGCAAUAAGCCGUCUCAAGGAACAUGGAAAGCCCUUAGGAGAUUUUUUCAGGUCUUUGAAUCAAGUUGUCAUGCAGAUCGUCGACUGGAUCAUGUGGUUGGCUCCGAUUGGCGUGUGCUUUCUGGUUGCUGGACAGCUUCUAAAAGUGAAAGACUUUGCUAGUAUGUUCGCACAGCUGGGAAUGUACAUGGUGACCGUUUUGUCUGGACUGGGUAUUCACGCCUUUCUGGUCCUGCCGCUUAUUUGCUUUGUCUUCACUCGCAAAAAUCCAUACCGAAUAAUUCAUGGUGGAGCGAGGGCUUAUGCUACCGGUUUCGGCACGGCGUCUAGCGCGGCAACCUUACCCAUUACAAUCAACUGCUGCGAAGAGAAUAACAAAGUCGAUCCCAGGAUAUGCCGAUUUACGCUACCUAUUGCCACUGCUAUCAACCUGGAUGGAACAGCUCUCUAUGAAGCCGUUGCGGCCCUUUUUAUAGCACAGACAGAAAAUGUUCCAAUGGAUUUCGGCAAAAUUGUCGCCGUAAGUGUUACGGCUACCGCAGCGGCAGUCGGUGCAGCGGGAAUACCUGAAGCCGGACUUGUCACGUUGGUCAUGGUGUUGGACGCCGUUGGGCUUCCCGCCGAGUUCAUUGGAAUUAUUCUGGCGGUCGACUGGUUGUUGGAUCGCUUUCGAACCGUAGUCAACAUUCUCGGCGACGUGAUUGGUGCCAGCGUAAUAGAACAUCUGUGCCGCAAUACUCUGAAAGAAAUGGAUGACCGAGAUUCGCGAGAAAUGGUUGAGGUUAUUCCCGAAAGCGAUCGGGCUUCCCCGGAUUCGCCCCCUUCCACUGCCGACGAUCUUUACGGUCUGACUUCAAGUCCUUCACCGACAAAACCGAAUGACAGGUCAAGAUCUCUCUCGACUACAGAUGCUGCUAUAAGAGAGAUCACGUACACUGCGACUCCAAUGUCCAUAAUACGCAGGCUAAGUUCUUCUAUGGGUCAACGGUAUUCCCUGUCGCCACCUGUCAGUCCACAUUCCAGGCAUUCAAAUGUUUGACUACCAUACUGAGUGCCCUAAUAACUUAUUUAACGAUCUGUUUAACAUGGCUGUAAUUCAUAAUGAAUACUGAUCGGGACGUGUUUUAAAACUGCCAACUUGAAAACACAGGCCGACUGUAAAUUAGCACAGCCAAGAUGCUAAAUCUAGUAAGCUUUUCGCAGUUUCCGUUUUCCAAAUCCUUACAAUUCUGAGCUGCCACUUUGUUGUUAAAAAUUUGCACUGUGUUAUAAACCGAACUUGAGAGCGCUUGAUGCCCAAUAACGUAUAGUAAACAAUAAAAACUUGUA